GUUGUCAAGUCGUUGGAUCGGUUGUAAGAACGCGCUUUAAUAUCUGGGCCACAUCUUAGCUAUUUGUUUCUCGUUGUCAUAACCUCGUGAACGGUGCGUUUGUGUAAUCGGUCCGACAAAUAGAAAUUAUACAAAAAGUUUGCGUUGCUUCAAUUACCAGCUGCAUUUAAUCGGAUUUCCCGGCAUAACCUUCAACGAUUUUCUAACAACAUGUUGACGCAUUGAUAUUUUAUCUAUUCUAAAGGGGCAACUGUUGGAUAUUUUUGCAUAUAGACUGAGGAAAAAACGCAUUUAAAACCAAAAAUGGAUUACAUCGUUAAGGCCUACAAAGAUUGGAAACUGCACUCGCAGUUUCAGGAGAUUGUACCUGAUAUGGAUGACACUGAAUUCAUGUUUAACGAGAAACAAUCGAUUCGCGACUCAGCCCGUACUCUUAAAAAGUAUGGUAGCACCUGCUCUAAUAACAGAUCUAAUGAGACCCUAAUGCUUAUACGACACGAGGUUGAGAAAAAUGACACACUUCAGGGUAUUGCACUUAAAUAUAACUGCACGAUGGAGCAAAUUCGCCGCACCAAUCGCCUUUUUGCAUCUGAUAGCCUAUUUUUGCGACAAUUCUUGCUAGUUCCUGUUGAAAAGGCGUCGCCCUAUUAUCCUCAAGCUAGUCUAAAUAUCAGCGCAUCAGCUGCGGGACUAGCCGAUGCGCUGGCCGUUUCGGCCAUAACAACAAAAGAGCAACUGGACGCUGUGCAUAAUUCCAACAACCGACGGCAAUCAAACACCUACAGAAACAGCGAUUAUACAAAUAGCAACAGUAGUUCCAGCAGUGUUGGUAGCAGCAGCAACUGUCAAAGUACACGUCCUGGUCCUUUACAUGCCCGUCCUUAUUCAAUUGCUGGCGAGGUACUCGUGCAUAGCGCCGACGAGGAUCCUGCUCUGAUGAUCAAUCAUAAAGCAUGCAGCAGUAAGCAAAGCAAGUCAAUGGACUCGGUGUCUACGAUGACGCCGGAGGAAGAAAAUAGGAAGUGCAUGAACGAUUUUCUCAAUAAAAUUGAUAACACUAUUUCGGAGUCGCGAAAAUAUGUGGAGCGCUCUAAAGACAGCAUGAUCAACUAUCAGAUGGACGUGGAUGUUUACGUGAACAACAUAGAUUUGUUUCCACACCGGCGUAAUAAUCGUCCGCCACAACAGCUGUGUCCCAAUUCCACCCACAGCGGCAACUCGGAGGCGGGGCAACAAUUGUUUACCGCACAAACACGGCGUGUGCAGAACUCCUUAAAGCGCCUGGAAAAGCAGCAGGAUGAGUUUUUUGAGUUGUAGCAUAUAUAUACAUAUAUGUAUAUAUAUAUAUAUAUAUAUAUAAUUUUUUAAUUUACUAUUUUCCCGCUUUUAAUGAUUAAAGCGAAUGCACCUAGUAUUAUUCAAAAUUUUAAGACAUAAGCUUUAACUUUCACUGUGUAUACAUAUAAAUAUAUUAUGAGAAUUAUUAAUUUUAUUAUGGCCCCUACUCUAUUAAAAUGAAGUGCUCUUCGAAAUUGGUAAUCAA